UUCGCAUUUCAUUUUCCGCCCAAAACAAAAAAACCCUCUUCGCGCUCGUCAGGGGUUAGAAAGUAAAGACAAAACGAACGAGCAGAGAAAAAAAAAAUGACGGAAAACGAAGGAAAGCGUGAGAAAAUGGAAAAACUCAAGAAAGGUAGAGGCAUGAUCGCCUUCACCGGAACCGCCGCGGUUCUUGCAAUCGCCGUUAACCUCGUUAUUGCCGCCGUCAAACACCAGAAAGAGAAAAAUGCAAAGAAGAAAGAUCUUGCUGGUUCUAAGGUUCGUGUUAACCUAUCUCCAUCUGAGAUUGUUAAAUUAGCUAACCAAAUCAUUGCUAAGUCAAAUGAGGUUCAUAAUUUGGUUGCAUCCGUGCCACUCGAUAAGGUUACAUAUGCAAAUGUUAUAUCACCUCUAGCAGAACUUCAAGCGCAACAAUUUCCAUUGAUUCAAUCUUGCCUGUUACCAAAGCUGGUAUCUACACGGGAGGAUGAGCGCAAAGCAAGUGCAGAAGCAGAGCGAAGAAUAGAUGCUCAUCUUAACAUUUGCAGCAAACGUGAAGACAUAUAUCUUGUCGUUAAAGCAUUUGCAGUGAGGGGGGACUGGAUGAAUGCUGAAAUCAAAAGCUUUGUUCAAAUUCUGGUGAGAGAUUUUGAGCGAAAUGGAUUGAACCUUAGUGCAAGCAAAAGAGAAGAGUUGCUGCGUAUAAAAGCUCAGAUUGACGAGUUAAGCAUUAUAUAUAUCCAAAAUCUUAACGAUGCUAGCGCAUUUCUUCCCUUCAAUGAGUCAGAGUUAGCUGGAUUACCUCCAGAGUUUCUCAAGGGUUUAGAUAAAUCUGAAAAUGGACAAUUGAAGAUCUCCUUGAGAAGCCAUCAUGUCACAGCUGUACUCGAAUUUUGCAAGGUUGGAACUACGAGAAGGAUGGUAUCACGGGCAUAUGGGAAUCGUUGCGGAGAAGCCAAUCUUUCUAUUUUAGAAAGUCUGGUGCAACAGCGUCAUAAAUAUGCUCGCUUACUUGGUUAUUCGUGCUAUGCUGAGUAUGCUGUUGAUGUUAGAAUGGCAAAAACACCGACAAAGGUGUUCGAGUUUCUGAAUGACAUAUCCGUACGUGUUACUGACAUGGCUACAAAAGAACUUGAUGUCUUGAAAGAUUUGAAGAAGAAAGAGGAAGGGGAGUUUCCAUUUGGAAUCGAAGACCUACUGUAUUAUGUAAAACGGGUCGAAGAACAGAGUUAUGAUUUGGACUUCGGCGAGAUCAAGCAAUACUUACCAAUUGGUUUAGUUCUAUCUGGAAUCUUCAAAAUUGUCCAAGAUCUUUUUGGUUUAAGGUUUGAGGAAAUUGCAGGAGCUGAAGUUUGGCAUUGUGAUGUUCGUGUAUUUGCAGUAUUUGACUUAAGUUCAAGUGAACUUUUGGGUUAUUGCUACCUUGAUUUAUUCUCAAGGGAAGGCAAAUAUGGUCACAGUUGUGUUGUGCCUCUCCAGAACAGUGCAUUAACAAUCAGUGGGGCCCGACAGAUACCAGUUGCAUUACUAAUAUCUCAGUGUCAAAAGGAUUCUGAAUUUAGUCCUGGAUUAUUGCGUUUUUCUGAAGUGGUCAGUCUUUUCCGCGAGUUUGGCCAUGUGGUUCAACACAUUUGCAACCGUGCUUCAUUUGCUAGAUUUUCUGGAUUUCGUGUUGAUCCUGACUUUGUGGAAAUACCUGCUCAACUGCUACAAAACUGCUGUUAUGAAAGCUUUUCUCUGAAGUUGAUUUCUGGAUUUCAUCAGGAUAUCACAAAGCCCUUAAAGGAUGACCUAUGCAAAUCAAUUAAAAGAUGGAGAAAUUCUUCUUCUGCACUUAAAUUAAAACAAGAGAUUCUAUACUGCAUUUUUGAUCAAAUCAUUCAUUCUGCGGAUAACAUAGAUAUUCGUGAGUUAUUCAAGCAUCUUCAUUCCAAGGUGAUGUUAGGGUUGCCGGUAUUAGAAGGAACCAAUCCUGCUUCAUGUUUUCCUUUUAGUGUUGUUGGUUAUGAGGCAGCUUGCUACAGUCGUAUAUGGAGUGAGGUUUUUGCCGCUGAUAUAUGUGCUUCUAUGUUUUGCAAUGGUGUUCCAAACCAGCUUCGUGGCAUGCAAUUUAGGAACAAGGUAUUGGCCCCAGGAGGAGCGAAGGAUUCUAUAGAAGUGAUAUCAGACUUUCUAGGAAGAGAACCAUCGAUUCUAUCUUAUAUUGAAAACAAAGCCAAGUAUACUUUGUAACGUUUCUCUAUAGGUACUUGUCCAUUGACAAUAUUUCUAGGGUUCAUAUUAAAAAAUAAAUAGCUCUGUGUAAAGAUGAGUACUUUGGUUAAUAAAUUAUAAAAUAUUAUUUAAUUAAUAUCUCUGUUUUUCAUCUCA